CUAGUGUCUAUACACCGCUAGCAAACAGUCUUGCGCGGAGGCUGCCCUCUGCCGUAUGCAUGGCUGCCGGUAGACGCAGCACAUAGAAAAUGCCUCAUACAGAGCGUGCGGCCGCGAAAUCGCACGCGUAAGACGAUCGGGCAGCCCACACGCCACCGAUGCGAUUCGUGCUGCUCGUCGCACUGGCCGCCGCACGAGACAGCGACUUCGACCGCGCCCUCGAGCUCGUCACGGAGGCGCAGAACGACUGCCAUAAGCCCGUCGAUUUGCUCCGGACGAGUCCUCGGGACGGCGGCUUCGCGAGCGGGAUUCACACUGUUGUUGCUGCUUUAUCGAGGUCCCUGCUGACCGGGCGGGUCCUGACGCUCGAGGCGAAGGGCCACUGCCACCAGGCGCGCGGCCGCAAGUCCUACGCCGCGACGCCGUUCCACGACGUGGCUUGCGCCUACGCGACGCUCUUCCAGGAGCUCUCGCCCUGCAUGGCGCACUGGCGCGACCGCGGCAUCCCAGCGACGCGCUUCAAGCUCUCCUCUCCGACAGUGUUUGUGGAGCACAACUCGACCUUCGCCAUAAGCGCCGUGAACGAGAAUCUGCAAGAUAAACCGCCGUUCUUCUGGGCGUCAGUCCUGGCGACCUACGCGACGCGGCCCCUGCCUUGUUUGUCGAAGCGCGUCGACUUCCUCGAGCGGGCCCUGUUUGGGGACGUUCCCCCUGAUCAGGUCGUGGCCAUUCACGCGCGCGUCGACCGCGCGAAAGCAAAGGAGGCCCGGACGCACGCGACGCGAGGUUAUGUGUCGAGGGCGAUUGCCGUCAUCAACGCCUACGGCUACGACGGUUUGCUAGUUUGUUCGGACCGCCAAGACGCCUCAGAAAUGAUCGUCAAGGACGUCCAGCGCUGGCGGCCGUCCCUCAAGGUGGAAGUGGCCUUCACGCCGCAUGGCCAUUAUCAGCGCGGCGUCUCUGGUACUUGUUCGAAGUCGCACGCCCUCGACGUCGCGGCCGGUGUGGAAAUCAACCAGUGAGCCGGGUGUCGCGAAAUUUGAUGUCUACGCAGGUCGCGGCCGAGAUUUUGCUGAUGGCGCGGUGCGGCUACGUCAUCGGCACGCUGUCGUCGAACAUUGGGCGGCUCGUCCACGAGCUCCAAGGGAAUCGACAUCGGUUCCACGACCUCGACGGCCUGCCGGCAUGGUUUCUCGCCGGCGACGGACUCGUCGAGAACAACGUCCGCGGCUUCUGGCAACAUUUUUCGAACCACCAGAACGCCCACUGCGUCCUCAAAAAUGAGAGGCACCACCGGCCCCACUGUAUAGCGGCGAGCGACGAAAAGCCAGCAGGCCUCUUCGUCGGCGGCACUUGCGUCGAGGGCUGCGGCCGGCUCGACGUCGUCGCGAAGGCUACGACCACCCCACGGUCCCGAGAUAAAAAAGCGCCGACCGCCUGGCGGAGUUCCGUCCCGAGGCUCGGAGGCGAGAAGACUACUAAGGUGUAGA